GGAAAAUGCUGCUCCGCUGAUCCAGAAACAAGACUACCACGAGAGCUGCGCGGCGUGCAAGAUUGAACACAUGAGGGAUUCUGAUGAAGGGAUUCCAUUCAAGCUUCUCAUUUUGGUCUGGCUCAUCACUCUCGCUGCAGGGAAAUUUGUCUCUUUUUUGGAGGUCAAGAAAAUGUUAUUUGUCUUCUGCAAUUUGUGUAAUGUCUUCCACUAUUUAUUGAUAUUUUACUUUGAGUUGUGUUUCGGAUGGGGACAUGAUGCAUUGUGUUAGAGCUAUCCCCAACCACCUCUAGUAUGCCUUGAAUAAGUGUCAUUAUUAGCAAAAGUGGGAGUAAGUGUCAUUUUCUACCCUAAUUCAAAUUUACUUAUUCCAUUUAUUGUGUUACUCAAUAUGAUGUAGAUUAAUACUCAGAAAAACUGUUAAAAUUGUAUUGUUGAAAAGUAUUAUCAUGAAUUUUUAGAAGUGAUAAGAUAAGGAAUUUGCUUAAUGAACAAUAGGACUUGAUAAAAUAUGUUAUGAUCAGCAAAGGAAAAGUAGGAACCAAAUAUUUAUUGUUUGUAAAAUGGGUUGGGAAAUGGUUUUUGCAUUUUGGCUGAAGUUGGUUUUUUGCAAGAGCACUGACUUUUGCUGCAAUAAUCAUAAAAAAUUUGGAGUGCAGGGGUGGAGAUGGCGUUAGCUGGUAUAAUGUGAAGUGGAGAAAAAUUUCAUCACAUAUGGCUUAAAAUUUCAUGAUUAAACUUUGGCUUGUCUGAUAGUAUAAGAUAGUAGCAGCUUGUUACCAAUUUGCUUAGCUCAAUCUUUCCUUACUUGCUCUUUUACACUUUAUUUAUGCACAUUUAUGACGUUGAUAUUAAAUUCUUUCACUGUAUUCUAAUGACAUUUUAUGGUGCCGUUGACAGCUCUGCCAAUAUCGUCUCUUUUCCCUUUCCUAUAUUUUAUGAUAAGAGAUCUCCAUAUUUCAGAAAAGGAGGAAGACAUAAGUUACUAUGCUGGAUAUGUCGGAUCGUCUUUCAUGCUUGGGAGAGCUUUGACUUCUUUUCUCUGGGGGCUCAUAGCUGAUAAAUAUGGUCGGAAACCAGUCAUAAUGUUUGGCACAUUUAUAGUGGCUAUAUUCAAUACAAUUUUUGGUGUUAGCGUAAACUUUUGGAUGGCCAUUAUUACAAGGUUCCUUCUUGGAAGUUUAUGUGGAACGCUUGGACCUUUAAGGGCAUAUGCUUCUGAAAUCUGUCGUAAAGAGCACCAAGCUUUGGGGAUGUCAGUUAUUAGCACAUCCUGGGGCAUAGGCUUGGUCAUCGGUCCUGCUGUCGGAGGCUUUCUUGCACAGCCUGCUGAAAAAUAUCCACAAAUCUUCUCCGAAAAAUCCAUCUUUGGAAGGUUUCCAUACUUUUUACCUUGUCUAGUGAUCUCAGCAUUUGCUUUGGUGGCGUCUAGUCUCUGCCUCUGGCUCCCCGAAACAAUUCAUUUCCAUAACAAAGAAAACAUAGCACAGACUAGGGAAGGCAACGCUUAUGAGUCCAUUGAGUCGUAUAAAGUGGAAGUUUCUGAGCUCAAACGUACAGUCUCUCAGAAAAGCCUCUUAAGAAAUUGGCCCUUGAUGUCUGCUAUUAUUGUGUACUGUGUUUUCCAGCUUCAUGAUAUGGCCUAUAGUGAGAUAUUCUCUUUGUGGGCUGUCAGCUCGAGGAGGCUCGGGGGGUUGCAUUUUGACUCGGCAGAUGUUGGUGCAGUUCUUUCGAUCACAGGUGUUGGUAUGCUCAUCUUUCAGCUCUCCGUAUAUACCUGGAUUGAGAGAAUACUUGGACCUGUCAUGGUCUCUCGUAUAGGAUCUGUCAUUUCGAUACCGUUGCUAACAACCUACCCAUUUUUAGCCAAUUUAUCGGGUCUCAUCCUCUUAUUACUUAUUAAUUUUGCUUCAAUGUUCAAGAACGUGCUCGCUAUAUCCAUCACGACAGGCCUGUUAGUUCUUCAAAAUAGAGCUGUGACAAAAGAGCAAAGAGGAGCUGCAAACGGCAUAUCCAUGACAGCCAUGUCUCUCUGUAAAUCUAUCGGUCCUGCAGCCGGAGGUUCCCUACUCUCCUAUGCUCAAGGCCGUCUAGAUACAGACUUCUUACCAGGUGUUCACCUAGUUUUCUUCGUGUUAAACGUGGUUGAGUUUGUUGGAUUCGUAAUGACCUUCCAUCCAUUUCUUGUCGUCCCCGACGAUGACGUGUGUUCGAGUUCAGCCGGUGACCAGGAAAGUCUCUUGAGCUGAUCGGAACAGUAUCUUCUUCCAUGGUGUAGUUUAUAGUGUGCAUCUGUUCUAAAAAAUGAAGCUUAGUGGAGUAAAGAUAAAGAGAACUGUGAAUAGAAAAGGUAUCAAUUUUUUGGCAUGUUUGAUCUUGUACCAUCUCAUCAAUAAAUACGUAGCUCUUAUAGUGUUUCAAUAAAAUAGUGCGCAUUUAUUUA